ACACUCCGUGCUUUCACACCAGCGGCUUGUUUCCUGCUUUACUUCCGCAUACGUUUUCUAAGGAGACUCGCUCGAUUUGCUGUCAGCUGGGGAGGGGGAGUGAGGUUGUUGGGGUGUGUGGAAGGGGAUAGUGAGGUACAGAGGGGGAGGAGGGAGGGCUGAUGGCUCCAAUGGGGGUGAGUGUGUCCCGGGGUCGGGUGUUGCUCUGCAUCCUGCUGACCACCGGCAUGAUCUAUUACCUGUACUCCAGGUUCGGCAGUUCGGGGCUGAGGAGCGGGGAGACGAAGGUGGACCUCCGCCAGCUCCUGUCUUUGGCCAUCAGGGCGGCGGAGGAAGGAGGUAAAGCCGUGCGGGAGGUGAAGGAGUCGGACUCGCUCCACCAGAGGUCCAAAGGCAAAACCAAGGAGGGCGCGGACGAGAUGGUGACUAGCGGUGAUUUGCUGUCACACCGGAGGAUGACCAGUUUGUUCAGUAACACUUUCCCAGGCAUCAAGCUAAUUUCAGAGGAACAUGAUAACGCUGAAGUAGACAAAAGCCUCACAUGGAAUUAUGAAAUCCCUACAUUAAUCCAAGAAAGCAUUGAUGCCAGGAUGGUACCAACAAAAGCAAUAACGAUAUGGAUUGAUCCAUUAGAUGCAACUCAGGAGUAUACAGAGGAUCUGAAACAUUUCGUAACCACUAUGGUGUGUAUAGCUGUACGUGGAAAGCCAAUUAUUGGAGUCAUACAUAAGCCCUUUUCAAAAUACACGGCUUGGGCUAUGGUUGAUGGUGCUUCAAACAUUCAUCCACGGAAAACAUACAAUGAGAAGACACCUACAGUAAUUGUCUCCCGAUCCCAUGCAGGAGCAGUGCUGUCUUACAGCAAAGGAGCUUUUGGAAGUAACACCACAGUUAUCCCUGCUGGUGGAGCAGGAUACAAAGUUCUUUCACUUUUGGAUACUAGAGAAGAUAUACAACCUGACAGCGCAGAUUUGUACAUCCACGUUACCUUCAUUAAGAAGUGGGACAUUUGUGCUGGUAAUGCCAUCCUGAAAGCUCUUGGAGGUCAGAUGACAACAAUUGACGGCAAUAACAUUGAUUACAGUGACUCUCCUUCCAAUACUGGUGGACUUGUAGCAACUGUUGGGAUAGAUCACCAUGCUUUGCUUAAACGAUUACCUGAUCUUAAAAAUCUUGCUCCAAAAAUGUAGACUUUACAGAAGCUUGAGAAAAAUGGUCUCUCUGCUGUUUUGCUCAUGGUGGUGAAAAUCACUAUAGCCUGCUCAAUAUUUCACAAAUAAUGUUGAUGGAUUUCUUCUCCAUUGACUAGGAAAUCAAAUCAACUUUGAAGGCUCCUAAAACCAUUUUUAUUGGUCAAACGAUUAAAAAAUUUAAUUUCAACACUGUUUCCCAAGAACAUAGCAUCUUAUUUAAAUGACUGGCCUACACCACCUUGAGCAUUCUUUUUACAUACGGAAUUGUUGUUUAAAUAAACCUUUCACUGUGAUAUUUAAAAUUGUAAGUCUACACUAGUAGGGUAAACUAUUUACUGUUAAAUGCUUGACCCUAAUAAUUACAUGUUCAGUGGUCAUUUUCUUUAAUGUAUUGGAGCAUGAACUCACUGUGACAGAAUAAUUCUCCAUGUAAUGAGUUUGUGUUAUCUGAGCAGAUGAGACAUGGAGACUUGAUUGAAAAUCAGGUAGGGGAGAUAUAAUUGGUAGAAGAGUGGUCAGGACUAUGCCUCACACAUCUUAGAGUCACCUAAUACCAUCUUGGCUGGCAAAGGACAUGUAGCAUGCAGCGUCUUGUGAGGAUGAGGUAUCUAUUCACUAAAGAAUGGGAAAGUAUCAAAAUAUUCAACACUGGUAACUGUUGCUUGGGAUACUUGAAAUUUAAUUUGCUGUUUUCCAAUAAGAGCAUUCAUGCCAGAUUAAAUUCUCUUCCUACCCUAUACAUUGGCCUGUGCUGAAGAGCAAUAUCAUGAUCAUAGUGCAUUUUCUAGUGGCUAUGUUAAAUUUAAACACAAUUUUCAUAUAGCGUUCUAUUAUGUGAAGCUGGAUAUUUGGUUAAACCUGCCAUGUGGUGAAUGGAGCUUCCUUUAAGCUGUAGCCAACUAGUUGAUUUCCAUGAUAAUUUCUUAGCUUGGUGACCUAAGGAGUGUGGAUAGGAAUAUCUGAUGAAGCUAAUCAGUAAAUGGUCCUCUAAGUCAAAUUUAAGACUUUUAAAAACUUUAAGAAAUCUUUGCUAUCUAAAAGCAACCUUUGAAAAUUGCAAUUCUAUUUUGAAUCAGGUUUUCCAACACUUUUCUUGAAGGUUAAAACAUAGUGAAUUUUUAAGUAUGUUUUUUAAAAACUGUUGUGAUUAGUUAGUGCUAAAGCAGAAUAGAGUAAUUAAGACGGUUAACUUCAAUACCUUUUGUAGAUUUCACAUUUCACUUUCUGUUUUGAGAUCACAAGGGAACUUUCUGGAUGCUGUGAAUGUUUGCAAAGCAGAGCAUUACUUAAAUGUUAUUUUGCUGAGUAACAUUUAUGGGUGACUCCAUGAUCCAGUGCUCCCAAACAGCACAUCUCAGAAAAUCACUAGCUAACUAGUAAUGAGUUUCUAUCUAUUAAAACUAAUUAACAGAAUUUCAAGCUGGGUACCUGCUAAUUUUCAAGAUGAUCCUGUGGUGAAUAUGGUACUUCAGCACAAUCCACAGAAGCACUAUACAAAAGCCCAUGUUAACUCUGAAAACCCAAAGAAUGCCUUAUUUUAUCAUUUGACCUUCAUUCAGUCAAUUUUUUUUAUUAUUGAUUGAUUGCAUUCCUUUAACUGAGGUUGAUAACUUAGCCCAGAGUAUUGCUAUGUAAAACUAAUUUAAGUCUGUAUCUUUGAGAUGCUGGCACAGCAUAGUACAAAUCCCUGUCCCAUCUAUUUAGUUAAAUAUCAGAAACUGUCUAUUAUUGGUGAAUAAUCAACUUUAAGGGAAUUCUGUAAUUGAACAGUGCUGAACUGGAUUCAUGAUUUUUAAAUGAUUAUAACAGAAACACAUUCAGCUUGUUACCUUAUUUAACUUUGUAUGUUUGGUUGAUGGAAUUGCACUAUUAAGUUUUAUUUUAGAGUUUGGAUUGUUUAUUCAUUGUGUAAAAGUAAAUAUUGAAAAGAA